UCCCUACAUCACAACAAUAAAAAUCCCAACUUUCUCUCACUGUCUCUAUAUUAUUUCUCGCCGUGAAGAACCCUUUCAUUUAGCAUUCGCCCCCAACCAGAAGAUUUUCCUUCCCUCCUUCCUCAAUUCCCGUCGCUUCUGCCGGAAAAACCCAGGAAAGGAGAAGGAAAAGUAGAGAACCCCGUCUGCUCUUGAUUUGAUUUCUCACCAUGAGGCCGCAGAAAAGGACGAUCCACAUGCUGACGACAUGGGUCAGGCGGCAGCCACCCAAAGUCAAGGCCUUUCUCGCCGUCGUAGCUGGGAUGGCGGCUCUAGUCCUCCUCCGCUUCAUCGUCCACGACCACGACAACCUCUUCGUCGCGGCGGAGGCCGUCCAUUCCAUUGGCAUCUCUGUUCUUAUUUAUAAGCUCAUGAAGGAGAAGACUUGUGCAGGGCUAUCACUUAAAUCACAAGAACUUACUGCUAUAUUCCUAGCAUUUAGGCUGUACUGUAGCGUGGUAAUGGAGUAUGACAUACAUACGUUGUUAGAUUUAGCCACGCUGGCGACUACUCUGUGGGUUAUAUUUAUGAUCCGCUUCAAGCUGAAGUCUAGCUAUAUGGAGGACAAGGACAACUUUGCUCUCUACUAUGUGCUGGUGCCUUGUCUUGCAUUAGCCGUGGUCAUUCAUCCAACAACCUCGCAUAAUCUGUUUAACAGGAUUUUCUGGGCUUUCUGUGUAUACCUGGAAUCUGUUUCUGUGCUUCCUCAGCUGCGAGUGAUGCAGAACACCAAGAUUGUUGAACCAUUCACUGCUCAUUAUGUCUUUGCACUCGGAAUUGCAAGAUUCUUGAGCUGUGCUCACUGGGUUCUCCAGGUUUUAGAUAGUCGUGGACACUUGCUGGUAGCCUUGGGUUAUGGAUUAUGGCCAUCAAUGGUUCUUAUCUCAGAAAUCGUCCAGACCUUCAUUCUUGCCGAUUUCUGUUACUACUACGUGAAAAGUGUGUUUGGUGGGCAGCUUGUUCUACGCCUCCCCUCCGGGGUUGUAUAACCAGAGAAGAUCCAUCACUGUGGACGAUGCUUGCCUCCAAAAUUAACUUAUGCAACGCCGUGACCUCUUUUCUGUUCCCACACGGUUUUUUGUUGUAUCAAAGUCUUGAACUUGAAGUAGGGUGGGGGAUGUUUUGUAUAUUAACAUUGCCAAAAACUUAGUUGGCUCACUGUAUUGAACAUAAUUUUCCUAGCUGAAAUUAAUACUAUUGCGUCGAAGUGUAGUGUCUUCCUUGGUUGAAUGCAUAUGGAUAGUAAACCAG